UUAGUUUAAUUUUUGUCUCAUGAAAAUUUGUCUUGAAAUGUCAUAUGUUUCAUGAUCUUCCUUUGAUUUCAAAUGAAUCUAGUUUCUUGAAUUUCAAGAAAAACGAGUUCAAAUUAGAUUCUGAUUCACCUCAAGACAACACUUUUUUGAGACAUUGAUUUUAAACCAAUAAAUCGAUCAAUUAUUUUUUUUAAUUAUUCUUACCAGUACUCAGUGCUUAUUAUUUAAUUAAGUUGAGUGUACAAACUCAUGUUUUUAACUCUUAGUGCAUCUAGCACCAACUUCAUGCCAUUCAAGAACUUAAAUUAUCUCAGUACAACGUUACGUUCAAAUCAUAAGCGGUCACCAUCGUCUCAUUGAGCUCACAACUCAACCAAAAUGUACUUAAUUAUUCUAGUUGUAAUCUUGAUUAUUUUCACCCUAACUCACGUUUAUAAUAAGGUGCUAAGAAGGUGUAAGAUUGACAAAAUCUAUGAAAAGUCUGUGAUGGUAACUGGAUGUGACUCUGGACUCGGCUUGGAGAUGGCCAAACAUCUUCAUGAACUUGGUUUCAUCACAAUUGCUACUUGUUUAAAUCCUCAAUCGAACGGUUAUCAAACAUUAAAUUUACUGGGUGAUCGAUGCAAAGUUUUCUUGAUGGACAUUACGAAUGAAACACAAUUAAAAAAGACUGUUUCUGAGGUGAAACAUUUUCUUCGUCAAAUUGGGAUAAAUAGUUUAUAUGGGUUAGUAAAUAAUGCAGGAGUUAUGGUCAAUGCUGAAUUUGAUUGGUUGACUUCUUCGCAAAUAAAAUCUCAAAUCGACGUAAAUUACUGUGGUCCGAUAAUUUUGACUAAAUUACUUCUUGAAGACAUUAUAAACAGUCAAGGUAGACUAGUUUAUGUCACAAGUUUAAUAUCAAAUGUCCCGUUUCCAUUGUGUACAACAUACUGUUCAACUAAAAGUGGUCUUUCCAUGUUUGCUGAAGGAUUACAGGCUGAAUUAUCUCGUUUCGGUGUAAAAAUUAUUUUGUUACAACCAGGCGAUUUCACCAAAUUAACUGAUAUUGUGCCGGCUACACUUAAAGCAUCUGAUGUUAUGUGGAACUCUUUUGAUGAACGGAAAAAAGAGUUAUAUGGAGAUUAUUUCCAUAAAUAUUAUGCGAACAUGAACUCUUCUAGGGGAAUGAUUUCAUUUAAAUCUUACACAGACUCAUCUCUAUUCAUAGAUAUUGAGGAAGCUUUAAUUUCAAUCAAUCCAAGACCGGUUAUGGUUCAAUCUUUCUUGUGGUAUCAUGUUUUAAUCAAGACGAUUAGCUAUCUUCCGAGAAGCUGGAGAAUCAAUCUAUCUCAAUUAAUUCAAUAUGUAACAAGACGUGGCUUAAUUAAAAUGGAUUGAUUCGAUUUCGAGAUUUUA